AUGCAGAAAGAACAAGAAACCACAGAAAGUUCCGAUGAAAAAACGAACUACCUUUUGCAUAAAUUCAAAAUUGAAAUAACAAUUGAACCGGAAUCUCCCGACACUGACAGCAUUACUGUUGAUAAAGCUGCAGAGAUAAACAACGAUUCAAACAAUCUAUCAGAUGAAGAGCAAAAUGAAGGACUUAAUGCAGAAAAUAGUUUGAUAAAUGACUGUGAAAUAGACACAAGUUUGCGAUGUGUUAUAAGCUAUAAUGAAGAGAAAAACAACAAAAAAAUCCAAAGACCAUAA